UCAAAAUGAGUGUAGUUGUGCCCAGCUUGAGCUACAACUAUCCGUUGUCGACUCUACCAAGAACGUCGGACUUGAAGCUCCACGAGAAGGUGGUUAUUCCUGCAAUCUCGUCUGCAGAGCCAGAUUCAAUAGACGUAGGCAUUUCCAAGUCCAUCAUUUCUUCCUACAUCAUCAGACCCACACCUAAAUUGAUAUGGUCAUAUGCAUUAAGUCCGGUUACUAUUGUCGAUUGUAUGGCAGUAUGCGAGAAAGAAAACAACAAGCUUUACAUUGUUGGUGUCACAGAAAGAAGAAAGCACAAGCUUCUUUUGCUCAACAGAUCCUUGACAGGAAGCGCUGAAGAUUCCACCACAGAAACCAUGGAAUUAAAGCUCGAAGAAAGACUCAAAGAUGUCAAGAUUUUCAAUGAUGGCGCGUUGAUUGUAGCUGUCUACGAAAGCGGAAGUAUAGACAUGUUCAAAACAGAAGCCAACAGUUUGGUAUCUACGGUAGUGGAGCCAAUUACCAAAAAAUCCAAGAAUGCCCCAAAGCUUCUCCACAGUCAAUUCAUAGACGAUCUCUCCAUUACAGACCGUAAGAAUUUUGUAGUGUUGGCUUUCCACGACAAAACCCAUUUGCAUUUCAAACUUGUCGCUCUCAACAUCGCAAGUUCCAGCUUUUUCGAAGUGAACUCGGCAAAGAUAGAAGUUGCUGACCCAGCCUCCUCCAAGAUUGCAUAUGCAGCCGGAUUCUUGUACCACUUGAAUCCAGCUGCUAAGGAAAUUACUUCAUACACCAUCCCAACUUUUAACUCACAAAGAACCAUAUCUGUGAGAGCCUUGUUCCCCGACACUUUCCAAGCAGAAGAAGUAUCUUUCUUCUCCCCUAGCAUCGACAGAGUCUUGCUUUCUGUUGCCAACAAGAUCCACUUGAUAAAUUUCAAAUUCUCUUGUCUUUUGGACACCUUUGAAUCCCCCAAUCCAGACAAAGUAUUGAUUAACCAAGUUGUAAAAGUCAAGGGAUCAGGUAGAGAUACCAAAUCAUUGGCUGUGUAUUUGUACUUGAAAAAUAAAGACAACAAUGUCUACUUGAAUGUAAUCAACAUCGAUGUUGGUUUGAACAUUUUGAGUGAGUGUCUCGGAAAGAGCAUUGACAAGAAUUCCAAUGAAGACUUCUUUAAAGGCUUGGUAGACUUGGCCAAACAGGAUUUCGAAACUGAAUCAGAACUGUUGUCUCAGGAAUUAGGUGAAGUUUUCCACCAUUUACAAGAGGCAAAGAGAACCAGAGAUUUCAACAAGUGGGAAAGAAUACUAAUUCCAUACUUAAAGAACGAGGAUUGGGAUGUUAUCAAAAAGUCGUUGAAGAGCAAGAAGAAGACCUCAGAAAAGGUAUACAAAUUCAAAGAAUUCGAAGUAGAAAGUGAUCGCGCUGUCGAUGUAAACUUUGUCACCAAGGUGUUGCUGUUAAUUUUCAAGAUCAACACUUCCAAGGUGGUUGAAUUUGCCGAUCCGGAAUUCAUCCCUGAGCACACCUUGAUCUACUUGCUAACGAACCCUAUUUUCCCUGUAGAGUACACUCGUGGCUUGUUGAAGUUAUUCAGUCGUUCAGAACAGGUUACUUUGUUAAGACAAGCUAUCAUCACAUGUCCAAACUUGACUAUACAUGAGCUUCUCUUGCAACUAUUCAGUUCUCACAAUGAUGAAGUAAUUUUCCUGGACUUGAUCAACCGUUUGAUUGGAGUUUUUGCAACUGUGGAUAUCAAUAAGGAGUUCAAGAAGUUGUUACAGAACGAAGAAUCAAGCGUAAACUUGAACGACCUCUUGAACAGAUUGUUGCAAGUCAAAAAUAACCACAAAAGCUGGAAUCUCAUUGAGAUUACCAUCGACGCUGGGGGAUUGUUCAACUGGCUGUUGGAUACUAUCGAGAAGUUGAACGAGUUGAUAGAAACCAAAGUACAUGCCUUGAUGGAGAAUAGCUACAACUUGACCUUGACCAACCAAGUGUUGUUGUUCAACGAGCCAGCGUCGAAGAAGAAGUCCAAGAAGAAGUCCAAACCCACAGGCAAGUCUGUGACUGAUGAUAUCGUUUCGAACAACGUUCAACAGCACUCGCAAUUGGAAUCUAUUAUCUCAGUAAAGAAUGGUGCUAAGAACAAACGCUUGGAUGACCCCAGCAUCGAGAUUUCGAAGAAGUACCCUAACUACACAGUGGACAGACUUUUGUUGUAAGUAGCAUAAUGAAGAUCAUAUAGAGAAAUACCACAUGUACAAU